AUUAGUUCUUCAUCAAUAUAUAUAUAGUUGAUGGUAGCAAUUUAUUUAUUUAUCUUGCAAAAUGCAGAUGGUAGAUCUAAAUGACAGUCUCAAGCAAGAGAUAAGAUGCACCGAUGCAAAAAAAAUAUAUGAAAUUGUAUAGACAGUUUUAAACUGUGACCUCAUUGUGAUCUGUGGGGCAACAAACCACUUUUUUUUGUCAGACUUGAUUUGCGCUAAGAGUUAGGAAUCGGUAUUUUGUUCAGAAGGAAAAGGAUUUGUAAAAGUGUUGUGAUUUGAGAGAUUUACCUGCAGAUAUUUUAGCAGAGUUGAGUUUUAUAUUAAACCCUCCAUUAAUUGGGAAGGACUUCAGAAAUUUGGCAGGAAAAAUGAAAAAGUCUUUUCAAGUUGUACGUUGGUUGGAAAUGCAAAAAGAUCCCACAGCUUCGUUGUUAGAGCAUUGGUGGUCAGAUAAUGGAUCAAGAACAGUUGAAGAUUUAAUAGUUCUACUCAAAGAAAUACAACGCUUUGAUGCAGUGAAACUGCUAGAACCGCACACACAUUAUAUUGUUCGUUCUCGUCCUCCUUCCACUGUGUCAACCAGCUCAAAAGAGCCAACAGAGCAUGAUUCAUCAGAAAUUUCAUUUUAUAGAUCUACUGACAGGCAAUCUAUAUGUAACACUGUACCCUCUGAAUUAAGUACUGUCACACGGGAUGAAGGAGAUCCAGAUGACGACCUGAAUUUUUAUCUUCAGAGUGAAGAAGAUGAAAAACUUCUACGCAAAAUUUCAGGUCCUUGUGAAACAAAAGAUAUACAUCCCAUCUAUAUUUAUAACAAUUUAAAAUUUUCCCAAUCAGACUCAUCAAAAUCUCUAUCAGCAAGUUCAUUGUCUACAAAAUCUCCAUCAGCAAGUUCAUCAACUAUUAGUUAUUGCACUGAUUUUUACACCAAUGCUCAUAACUCGCAGGCUGCUCAACUUAAUGAAGUAAAUAAACUUAACACAGUGGUGCAGCAACAACAGCAUAAAGUUUCUUUGACAAGAGAAGCACCACCUAUUGUAAAUCAGAAAAUAAUAAGCAACGAAAGUACUGCAGUUGUUGCAAGUGAUAAAAUUGCAUUGCUUAUUGGAAACCGGAUGUACAGACACCGUAGUACACUCUGCAAUCCAAGCAAAGACGUUGAAGCAUUGACUAUCGCUUUAAGAGAACUUGGGUUCAAAGUUUUAUCUUUAGUUGAUUUAAAUCUAACAGAGAUGCGCACUGUAAUGCUAUCAUUUUGCAAGUUACUUGGCCCUGGCGUAUUUGCAGUGUUUUAUUUUGCUGGUCAUGGGUUUGAAGAAAAUGGUGAAAAUUUUCUAAUACCAGUUGAUGCUUCGCCAUAUUCUCGCAGAGAUGAGUUUAUAGCAGCUCAAGAGGUUUUGCGCGAAAUGCAACUUAGAGAAACAGCAUUGAAUUUAUGCAUUAUAGAUGCAUGUCGAGUGAUAGGGAAUGAGCUAAAUAAUUCAGACGCGUCUCGUUCUUGUAGACUUGGUCAUGGUUCUUCUGGGAAUACUAUAGUGGCUUACUCUUGCCAGCCUGCGACUCAAGCUUAUGAAAUUGUUGGUGAAGAAAAUGGUGUUUAUAUGACAGAGCUUUUGAAGCAUAUUAAAAGAGACUGUAGAAUUGAGCACAUACUAAUGGAUGUCAAUACCGCUGUUAAUAGGAACCCUAUAAUUACGCAAAGACCAGUCUUUGAGACUGAUUCUGCAGAUGAUUGUAGACUAACUUGUAAAAUUGAUGGUCAUGCGAACAAUGCUCUUUGGCAAUCAAAACGGUUUGAUAUGUGGAGUGAAUCUUCAAUUCCCCCAGAACCGCAAAUUUUCAAAAAAAACGAAGAAUCUGUAAUUUUUAUGUUUACGUAUCAAGCUUUGUUUAGCAACAAACUUCGAAUAAACAUAUUUAUGAAAAAUUUCAACGAGCAGCCUCUAGAACUUUAUGAUGUUCAACUUUUAAAUGGAUCAGAUCUUGUUAUAAUUGACAAACCAAUUUGCAACAUCGUAAGACCUAGUAAUGAUGAAUGGACCGAAAUUCACGAUUUCAUUAUUAAAGAUAUUCAGAAAAUUACGAGCAAUCUUUUAUUAGUUUUCCAAUUGAAAUAUCGUAAAAAAACUGACACUAGCGACUUUUUUCCAUUGGAAUUAAAAAUUGAUGCGGGAUUUCCGCUUAUAUCCGCCCACUUUCGUGAAUUCCAUAAAUGGAUUUGCGAAGAAAAUUUUCCGGGACAUAAAAAUACUUGGGUGUGAUAAAAAAAUUAGUAUUUAAAUUUUUAUGUAAAAAUUGCAGACUGUUUAUAAAAUAUCAUUAAAAUUACUUUUGCUUUUUACAACGAUUUAUCAUUUAUAUAUUUAUUGUAUUUCGAAAUUUUAGUUUUAUUUCCUAUAUAGGAUUUUAUAUAUUUUCUUUAUAUUUCCAUUAUGAAAUUUUAUAGGUUUUAUAUAUAUUCUGUUAAAGUAUGACAGAUGUAAAAGUUUCUAACUAAUUUAUUUUUUAAAUGAACUUUUUCUCUUUAAACUCAGUUGUUUUUUAUUCUGUUGCUGUCUUUAAAGGACUUUGCCAUUUCGCCAGUUUUUAGAUUUUUUUAAAAUUUUUUGUAAUGUUUUUAAAGACACUUUAAAAGCUCAGCAGUCAUCUUUCUUUUUAUUUACUUUGAAGCACUCUUUCUCUGGUUUGUGUACUUUGUUCAGUAAUUGAAAACUAAAUAUAAAAUCCGGGCUAGGUGCCAAAAAAGAAAAAAAUUUUAAUUGA